AGAUUACCCAUAAACUGCCCCAGAUGUGAACCUGAUGUGAGAAAAGCUUCCACACUGAACUACAGCUCUGACUGCACAACUGCCUACGAUGUCUGCUGAGCUCCUUUCUGUGAGUGAUCCAGGUGGGAAUAAUAGAAAUCCUCAAGGUGCCUCAGUGGGGGGCACAAAACCUUUACACCACUUCUUAAAGGGACAACCCAAAAUUAUUGGCACAAUUGUGCUGAUCUUGGGUGCAUCCUUCUUUAUCAUAUCCGUUGCGAUCACGGAAGACUCCCACAUGCAUAUAUGGACAGUCAUCCCACCAGGCUUCCUGCUGGGGACACUGUUAAUCAUAUGUGGAAUUACAUACAUUUUGGCAGAACACAACACCACCAAGAAAACAGUAACCAUUUCGUUAUCUCUGAGCAUUGUCUCCAUACUGGUCGCAUGCUGGACUUUAAUACACAUCCUGCCUGACAUAGAAGCAUAUUCCUACCACCUAGAUUACAUUUAUGAUAAUGGAAACUUUUCAUUUACUGAACCAAUGGAAAAUUACCAGCACAUGGGAAUGGCUUUGGAAGCAAUUUUGGUGUUCUACACUUUUGUUGUAGCGAUUAUUUUCAUUGUAAUGUCAGCUCUGGCUGGCAUUGCCCUGCGAUCCACAAAAACCCAGGCCAUUGUAGUGAUGACUACUGCAUCGCCUGAUUCGUCAGUUGAAUAGCAAGCACAAGAGGACUGUCUGAAGUGUGAAAAAUUAAGAGAAGAAAUAUAUAUACUGUAUAAACAAACCCUUUAGUUUUAGUUUGCUAAAGGGACAGACUCAGUACAUCGUUUUGAAAUUGCAUGGUGUAUGGCCUAACAUAAACUGGAUAAAUCAAUAAGGAACAAAUUAAUAUUCUGUUUCAUACAAGUAUGGUUCAUAUUCCAUGUCACAUGCUAAUAUUAUCCUUAAUAAAUCAAA